UGCAGCUAGCUCAGCAUGUACCGAUUCUGUCAAUCCUGCAGUAAGACCGUGACUGAGAAAAGUUAGUCAAUACUUUGCCCAUCAUUAUUUUUUUUUGAUGGACCAGACAGGAGCUGUGUUGCAAGUCGUCGCAGCAGUGUUUAUACUCCAGGUAUUUACAACUUGGGCCGCACCUGGGAGUGAUUUACGACUGGUUGGGGAAAGUUCGUCCUACGAGGGCCGACUUGAGGUCUACCACGAGUCAACCAACCAGUGGGGAACGGUCUGCGACAAUUCCUGGGACUACCCUGACGCCAUGGUAGCCUGCAGACAGCUGGGAUUCACCGCUGUCACUACGAGCCUGUACCACCUGGAUGGUGCCUCGGCCCCCAUCCUCUUGGAUGUGGUCCAGUGUGUUGGACAUGAGGGGAGACUGGCCGAAUGUUCUCAUGCUGGAUGGGGUAUUCACAGCUGCACGCACAGUGACGAUGUUGCCAUCCAAUGUGGAUACGAUAACACUUACGUCGACCCGAUGCCGAUCCGACUAGUCGGCGGGAGUGUCAGAUCAGGACGCCUCGAGGUCUACCUCGACGGCGCCUGGGGCACGGUCUGCGACGACAACUGGGACCUGGCGGACGCCCAGGUCGCGUGCCAACAGCUGGGCUUCACCACGGUGGCCAACUACCUGCUCCCGGCCAUUGAGGGUGCGACGGGCCCGGUCCACGCCUACUACAUCGGGUGCCAAGGUAGCGAGACCCACCUGGGCCAGUGCGUCCAGCGCGGCGGCUGGGGCAGCCGUUACUGCGGACACGACGAGGAUGUGUCGGUGGCUUGCGAGAGUCCUCACAUGGAAACGUCCCUCCGCCUAGCUGACGGGAGCCGGCCAAACGAGGGCCGCCUGGAGAUUUACCACAACGGCGAGUGGGGCACGGUCUGUGACGAUUACUGGGACCACCAUGCCGCUGCAGUGGCCUGCCGUCAGCUCAGCCUGGGGUCCCCGUCGCCAUUGACAGGAGUCUACAUCCCCCAGGGCGCUGGGAGCAUCCUGCUGGACGAUGUGAUGUGCCAGGGGUGGGAGGCCAGGCUAGUUGACUGCGGACACCUGGCUAUGGGAUCACAUAAUUGUGGCCACCAUGAAGAUGUGUACUUGGCUUGCAGCGUUGAAGACUUCAGUAACAUUGCGACGAUGCCAGCUCCUGACAGCUACACUUUGCACCUAGCCGAUGGCCUGUCACACUACGAGGGCCGACUGGAGUUGGACAUCAACGGCGUGGCAGGUGGGAUCUGCGACACCGACUGGACGUUGAGGGACGCGGUCGUUGCGUGCCGGCAUUUGGGCUUUGGUACGGCCAUUCGAGAGGUCCCAGACGGCACUUUCGGCGUAAAUUACGGCGGGUAUUACUGGCGGAACAACGUUACCUGCUCGGGGGAGGAGGCCACGCUGCAAGACUGCUCUGUCGGGAAUUUAGGUUUGGGCUUCUGCGCACACGGCGGGCAUGAUGUAGGAGUGUCGUGCACUGGUCCCUUUAUCGGAGAGGAACGUGGCAUGCGCAACGCAGCUGUCCGUUUAGAGGGAGGUUCCAAUUCAGCAGAGGGGAGAGUUGAGGUCCUUUUUAACGGUGAGUGGUCCACGGUCUGCGACGACGGUUGGGACGAUAUUGACGCCGGCGUUGUGUGCCGACAAAUAGGUUUCAUGGGCGCGGAGAACUCGCAUCACUACAUCGACGGGCUACCGGUCGCAAGUGGACCGAUACUUUUGGACCAAGUCAGGUGUGAAGGUGACGAGGUUACCAUCAUGGGAUGUCGGCAUAAUGGGCUUCAUACCCACGAUUGCGUACAUGACGAGGAUGUUGUGAUUAAAUGCUACCAUAACAAAGUGCAUGAUUGGAAGCUUGGUGGGGGUAAAGUCUUCGGUAUCGUUACAGUCGUCUGCGUUGCCAUCUCCUUGGGUUUUUUCAUCAUCAGGAGGCGCAUGCAGCUGGAGAAGCUACGAAACUUGUUGGUGGUGCCGGAAAGUGAGCAACCUGAGCCGGCCGAGGGUCCAGGCCCGGGGGGACUGACAUCCCCCCGCCCGUAUCCCGUCCAGCCGGCCUAUCCUCAACUGCAGCUUCGCCCCCCACUGUCGCAACCACUGAGUCAGCCGCCCUGCGGCCCCGGGCUCACGGCCGCCAUUCCACCUCUGCCGCCGGUUGGCUUCCCCGAUCCCAACCCGCUGCCGGCGUCGUACAUGACGACCACGUCGGGAGCCGACGGAGUGAGCCAGCUGCCGGUGUACUUGCCGUCACCGGUUGCAGUUACGAGUAUGCCACCGGUUCAGGAUAGCUUGCCACAGGUUCAGGGCACGGCACCUGGACAGCUGCAUCCCAUCCAUGGCCGGGUCCAUCACACCAGUUCAUCUCAUUCAUACAGAUGAACAGUAAUCGUAUCGGAAUAAACAAUACAAUAAGGAAGGAUAUCCCUCAUGCUUUGUUCAGCGGGUAUUGGCCCUGGGUACCCUCUCCAUUUGCACUGAAACCACAAAAUGCCAAUCUUAACAUCCCCUUGUCAUCGCGGAGUCAAGAGGAACAGCCUGGAGUACCCUUGGCUGAGCGAUUUUCUUUUACACAUUGGACUGAAAGACUGUCUCAAGGGUCCUAAUCGGAAUCAAUUUCGCAACACUGUUAAACGUUCUUUUGUUUUUGGCAAUCAUGUCUCCUAUUCAGGGGAGCCUAGUAGUAUCAGUUGCACUUGUAGCGCUCAGGUCCCCACAUUAUAGAGUCAUACAUGUCAAUAUAACUUGAUAUGACUUAUAUAAAUAUGUAAAUAUGACUUACAUUUAUAUUUAUAUAACUUAUGUAAAUAUAAUAUACAUAACUUGAUACAUGACACUGUUGUGGUUGCUCUCGAUAUUGGUGCACUUCACAAGAACUCUGAUAUAUAUUGUUUUGUGUUCAUAGUAAACAGUUCAUUACAUCUGACUGAAUGCAGUGAAAAACAGGGCCGUAGUAUUUGACAAUAAAAAAAGCUAUAGGCUGUCAACAAUCAGUAAUAAUGGAUCUGAC